CCUGUCCUCCCAACAAUGUGGAGACAAGUGUUGACUGCGAGACUAGAACAGGCGCUAUUUCCUGGGAGAUGAGCGUUGGGGCAGUGGGAUAUAUAGCAUACUUCAACGGACGCAAUGGAGACUCUCUGUCCUGCCACACCUUGGCACACCACACUUCCUGUAGGGUAGAGGGACUGAACUGUGGCACAGUUUACUACGCCCGCGUCAGAGCCCUGGGAGACACUCUUAAUAGCACCGACUCUACCACUGUUCUGCUGGCCUCAGCUCCCUGUGUCCCCGCCAGCAUGGAGGCAGAGGUGGACUGUGAUAACGCCACGGCCCUGGUGACCUGGGGCUGGAGCAAUGGAGCCCAGUCCUACAUCCUCACUGCUUUAGGCAGAGACGGGCACCAGGCCUCCUGCCACACAGAGGAGAAUUACUGCAACAUGACCGAGCUGGCCUGUGGUGAGAACUACGAAAUCACCCUGACCGCCAUCAACCACAACUGCCAGGUGGAGACCCUGUCUGGGGUCAGCUUCAGCACACGUCCCUGUCCCCCCCUGCAUGUGGGGGUGGACCUGCAGUGUGGGACCCACACUGCCACCUUGUCCUGGGAGCAGAGAGAAGGGCUGCAGUUCUAUGUUGCUAGCGCCACCUCCAGGGCUGGAGGAUCUACUGGGUCCUGCAACACUAGCAGCUCUAGCUGCCAGUUCCCUGCUCUGGACUGUGGGGAGACCUACAGCUUCACUGUGACCGCCCACAGCAGCCUGUGUCAGAGUGAACUCAGCAGCACUGUCGAGAUCAAAACAGAACCUUGCCAGCCAGACCAGGUGACAGCUACAGGGUCAUGCGACAGUGAGACAAUGGUGGUUGUGGCGUGGGCCGAGGCCGAGGGGGCGGUGGUCUACGUGGUGACGGCCAUGGGAGACCUGGGAUACAUGACAGCGUUCCAGACCAAUGAAAGCAGCCUGGAGGCGGAGCUGCCCUGCGGACAGACCUACAGCUUCACUGUGAUUGGCCAGGACGAAAGUUGUGAUAGCCCAAUCAGUGAUGCUGCAGAGUUCAGGACUGCCCCCUGUGUGCCCCAGUAUGUGGAGAGCUACACUGUGUGUGAGAACAGCCUGGGCUCAGUGAGCUGGGCCGAGAGCGAAGGGGCGGAGUCCUACACCGCUGUCGCUGUCGGAACAGACGGCCACACCCACAUGUGCACCACCAACUCUACCAGCUGCACCUGGGAGGACCUGCACUGUGGAGACCUCUACACCGUCCACGUCAUCUCCAACGACUACCUGUGCAGCAGCUCCCCUAGCAACAGCACCACCGUACGCACAGCUCCCUGCGUGCCCCAGAAUCUGGUGCCCACUCUGGACUGUGGCAGGAGGGUUGGCUCCCUGACCUGGGACCUGAGCCACGGAGCAGUCUUCUACAUGGUGACUGCAGAGACCAACGCCGGCCACAAGGUGGAGCUGAGCACCAAUGACACCAACGCUUACAUCUCAGAGUUCCAGUGUGGUCAGGAGUACUACCUGUCUGCCCAGGCAGUGGAUUCAGAGUGCAGGAGUGCACCCUCCCCCCCUGCAACACUCAGGACAGAGCCCUGCAAUCCCACCUCCAUCUCUAGCGCGAUGGACUGUCUCUCCAACAUCGCCGUGGUAAUGUGGGCGGUGUCCGACGGUGGAGCCGAGUACUACACCGCCACGGUGGAACACGAGGACGGCCAAUCAAAGAGUUGCAUGUCGUCCAGCUUCCAGUGCGGCAUGCCCGACCUGCGCUGUGGCCAGAACUAUACCAUUACCGUCACCGCAUCCAACCAACAUUGUCACUCCGACCCCAGUGUCGUCAACACCCUGACCACAGUUCCCUGUGUCCCUACCCAUGUUGUGGCCGUUAUGGACUGUUCUGACAACACAGCCUCAGUGACCUGGAGCCCCACCCAGGGCGCGCUGUCCUACAGGGCCGUGGCACAGAGCCCCCGCGGCGCCCUCUCCUCCUGCGAGAGCACUGACCCACAAUGCAUCCUGGCCAACCUGAUCUGCGGAGUGCCCUACACUGUGCAGGUGGUGGCGGUGAACGAGCGCUGCUCCAGCCUGCCCAGCCACUUGGCAGAGUUCCAGACAGUCCCCUGUACCCCUGAGAUCACUGGGGUUCUCCUGGACUGCUACACAGACUCAGUUCUGCUGGAGUGGGCCUACGCUGAGGGAGCUGUGUCCUACACCGCCACGGCCCAGUCAGGGGACGAACAGACAGCCACCUGCAACACAAACCACACCAACUGUGAACUUAUGGAGUUAGCCUGUGGACAGACAUACACUGUCACCUUGAAGGCAUCUGAUGGCCAGUGUGACAGCUUCCCGAGCACCAGCGUGAAAGUGUCAUCAGUCCCCUGUCCUCCCCAGGCUGUUGUAUCGCAGCUUAACUGUUUAACUAACUCAGCCCGUGUUGAGUGGGAGAGCAGCAGUGGAGUAGACUCCUACACCGUCCAGGCUAUGAGCAUGGAGGGAGACGAGACCGCCUGCGAGACCGAUGGAAACGUCUGUUCCAUAUUGGACCUCGUCUGCGGCUCCACCUACAACAUCAGUGUCAACGCCGUGAGCAACGAGUGCAACGUAUCAGAGAGCACCCUCAUACAGAUGCAGACAGCGCCCUGUGUACCUGAGCAGUUGGAGGCCAAUAUGGACUGUGACUCUGGCUUUGUGUCAGUAUCUUGGGAGCCUAGCAACGGUGCCACCUCCUACACAGCUGUUGCCCAGGGCAACGGUGGCUACGCAUCAUCAUGCAACAGCAGUGAUACCUCUUGCCAGUUCCCUGAGCUGCUGUGUGGCCUGUCCUACAGCAUCACCGUUCAAGCCUCUGACGAUGUGUGUAACAGCGCAGACAGCAGUGCCGUACAACUCAACACAUUACUCUGUGAGCCCCAGAAUGUCAGUGCUCAGAUGGAGUGCGGAAGCAACGCUGGACUGGUGUCAUGGGAACAGGGAGAGCUUGUGUCUUCCUACCUGGUGCGUGCGGUCAGCCCCGACGGACACCGGACCCAGUGUGACAGCAACGCCACCAGCUGCAGACUACCCAGCAUGCACUGUGGCCAACAGUACAACCUAACCGUCACAGCCCAGGACGGGAGUUGUGACAACAGCAAUGCGUACCUGAGCCUGCAGUCUGUCCCCUGUAACCCCACCAAUGUGCAGGCAUCCCUCCAGUGCCUCUCUAACUCUGCAGCGGUGACAUGGGAGCGGGCUAGCGGCGCGGUGUUGUACCAGGCUGUUGGCACAACAGAUGGAGGUCACCAAGCGAUGUGUAACAACAGUCAGACACACUGUGAUCUGAACGGACUGCAGUGUGGACAGACCUACAACGUCACUGUGGUCUCCAAAGACGACACCUGCAUCAGUGUAGACAGCGACACGGCACACGUCAGGACAGCUCCCUGCCCUUCCCAGGACGUGGCUGUGGAUGUACAGUGUGCCGCCGGCUCCAUGAUGGUCACAUGGUCCACCAACCCUAACGCCGAAUCCUUCCACGUGACGGCUGUGACCAGCGGCUCCGCCGACCUGUCAUGUGACUCCAGGGGUCUUCCAAUAAGAACCGGGUGUUCCAUUGAGAACCUUCCAUGUGGACACCUCUACAGCGUCACGGUUACCUCCAUCAGAGGUGGCUGUAAGAGCAAAGUCAGUGGUGCCGUAGCGGUGUCCUCAGCUCCAUGUGUCCCCCAGAAUGCUAAAGGUAGUCUGGACUGUAUUUCUAACUCUGUCUGGGUGUCUUGGGAUGCCUCCACCGGGGCUCAGACAUACACAGUCCUGGCCAACGGCGGCGGAGGUGUUAACUCCACCUGCACUUCCUAUUCUACUGCCUGUAAUGUGCCUGACCUGGCCUGCGGAACCCAGUACACCUUCCAUGUGACUGCUGUCAACACACACUGUCAGAGCUCACCCAGUAAUACCUUCCAGAUCGAGACAGGUCCUUGCGCCCUGAAAACCAUCACCGCGGUGAAUGCAUGCCAUAGCAGCAGUAUCGUGGUUAGCUGGGAGCAUACAGAGUUAUCUCCUACCAUCGUGGCGACGGCAGAGGGACAAGACCAAUCCAUGCUCACCUGUAACAGCACGUCCACUUCCUGUGAGCUCAUGGGAGUGCGCUGUGGCAUGCACUACAACAUCAUCGUCUCCGUCCCCUCCGACAAGUGCAGCACCUUGAGGAGCCCACCAAAAAAGAUCAACACAGCUCCCUGUGUUCCUGAGGAUGUGACAGUGGUAGCGUCCUGCAAGGCAGAAGGUACAGUGGUGUCCUGGGCUCACUCCUUGGUGGCCCAGUCCUACCUCCUCACCGCCACCAGCCGAGGCGGUGACGUCCGCACCUGUAACAGCUCUGUGAACAAAUGUACCCUGGCUAAACUCCACUGUGGUCAGCCCUACACAUUCAGCGUGACCGCCAGCGCCGGCACCUGCACCAGCAAGGCCAGCCCCAACGUCACCUUCAGCACAGUGCCCUGUGACCCCAUUGGCCUGUCCGUUCAUGUCCAGUGUGAGACUAGCUCAGGUGUGCUGUCCUGGUCCCCCAGCCAGGGCUCUGUGGUGUACUACGGCUUUGCCCAGUCUGAGGAUGGGGACAUGCUGUACUGUGACAGCAUGGACACCUCCUGCACAAUCCAGGGUCUUGACUGUGGAGCCAUGUACAACUUCUCUGUGCUGGCCUCUGAUGGAGCCUGCAACAGCUCGUACAGCCAACCCCUGCUUGAGGGAGCAGCCCCCUGCGCCCCUGCCACCGUGCGGAACCGCAUGCGACUAAUCGGCAAGACCCACUUUGCCCGUACCUCCUGGAGUGCGGUCGUCUGCCCCAAUGUCGAGUACCUUGUUGAGAUAACCGGCAGUAUCCUGGAUGACCCGCAGGCCAUGUUUGAUGUCUCGUCCUAUUGGAUAAAGUACACCUUCUUUGAGUUGGCCCUGCCCUGUGGCUCCUCCUACAGUCUGACAGUCCGUACCAGGAACUCUGCCGGAACCAGCAAGCCCUCCACCCCCAUUACCGGGACAGCGGCUCCCUGCGCACCUCUGGGCGUGAACUACACGGGUGACAACACGCCUGCCAUGCUGUCCUGGGAGGCUGCAGUGUUCGCCACACAGUACACCGUCUACGACGUGACCGGAGACAGACGCACGCAGGUGUGUUCCACCACGGAACUGUCCUGUCAGCUUAACAACGUCCAGCCAGGCGCCAUCGAGGUUACCGCUAGCAACGCUGUGGGAGAGAGCGUCCCCACCAAAGACAUCAACGGGCCAUCAAAUCGCCACAGAAGAGAUCUGGGGAUGGCAAAGCCUGCCACAUUUGCUGAAUUCCGCAUCAGAGAGGAGCUGUCCGAACCCAAGGUGUUAGUUGCUACGGUAACAGGUGUUUCUCUGCACAUGGAGUGGGCACCGGUGAGGGACGCCACCCUCUACACCAUUAUCAUCGUCCAAGAAGACACACCCUCCAGACGCCAGGUGCUGACCGUCUCUGGAGAGCUGACCAAUGUGAACGACCUCGAGCCCUCAACAAGAUACUGCAUCUUCGUCUCGGCCAAGAACGAACACACCCAGAGCAACUACUCCAAGGAGUGUGUCAUUACUGGAGUCCCCAUGUGAUUGGCUUGACUUUCACCCCAACCAAAUGGACAUUACGGUUGCCAGGGCAACCACCAAUUGAUGUAGUGUAAAGAGAAUCAUCAGUGACUGCUUCCUAUCUCUAGAAGUAAACACGCAAGGCAGAAGAGAGGCUUUUCAACAGACUGAGGGACAGGGAGGGGUUACUGUUGUUAAGCUUAAAUUACUAUCACAAAAGGCAGUCUUUAUCGCAUAGAUGAUCCUACUAAAGCUAUGUUAUUUUCGAUUAACUUGAAAGAAGAAAUGUGGUAUUUUUUUGUUGUUACUUUUUAGAGCAAGGUAUCAUUUUCUUGUUUUUUUGUAGUCGGUAAGAUAGCAGCAUGUGUCUUUAUAAUGUGUAGUUCUUUGAAAAAAGUAUGCCUAAAAAUUUAUUUUUAUUUAUCUUCAAAUUGUUAUAUUUUUGAGACCUACACGAACAACUUUUCUGUCCACUAAAUGUAUUUUAGAUUCUUCUGUUGGUUGUAUACAUGAUUUGAAACAAAGAAAAAGUAGAUCAAGAGAGCAAAUAAAUGCUAUCAAGCAAGUAGUAAUUUAUGAAGCAAUAUUUUUGUUAACCAUACAGUAUGUGUCCUAUCUGAUGUACUAUACAUCUUGUCUCAAAACUAUAGCUACAAUAGCUAUUUU